UUUUGAAAUUUCACUUUGCUCUCAUAUAAUUCGCUUGUCAUCAGAAUGUUGAUACAAAAUUCAUAAUACCUCGAAAAGAAUGAUCAACUUCAAACCAUUGGUACAUAAUUCUUGGCUGGUUGUUGUUUGUGGCAUGUAUUGUCUUUCAGCCGCACUGACAAUAGAUGAUGGUUCAAAAUCAAACUAUUCAUCAAAUUAUUCAUGGACAAACCGUUCUGAUUUUGAAAAGUUUUUAUGUGAAACAAUAAAUGAAAAAGAUCAUCAAUUCAAUAUAUUAACUAUUGGAUUAACCAAGACAAAAUUUUUACUAUUGACCACUGAUUUUUAUGUUUAUGAAGCUGAUAUAGAUGAAGUCAAAACAAAUAUCGACAAGCUUUAUCUUCGAACAAAACCAGUGCAUUUAUCAAAUAAAUAUCCCAAUUUGUGGAAUAAUAAAUUUUUUCAGCAAAAAUUAGAUUUGUUUGAUGAAGGAGUUAUUAUUGUCGAUAAUGAUGCAUGGCUUUGCUUCAUCUCUAAUAAUGUAAUAAACAAGGGUAUUCAAUAUAAUCUAGAUAAAGAUUUAGUUAUUUCAGGAUGGUCUUACAUAAAUCAUGAAGUCUUGAUCUCAACAAGUGAAAAAAAUUCUUUGUAUUCGAUUCGUAAAGACAAAAUAAAGGGUCAAUUACAAAUGCAAAAAUUGCGAUUGAGUGGUUCAUCAAUGAUGAAUAAUUACGGAUUAACAACGGUUUUUAGUUAUAGAAAUAUGUGUUGGUUUGAUUACCCAUUACAAAAACAGAUUUUUUUUAGCCAAAAUGAUUGUUAUAAUUUAGGAAUGUCCGCCAUCGACUUGCCCAUAUUGAAAGGUUUUGUGGUCAAUUAUAAAUUUUAUUUAUUCACAAAGGAUACUGUUUAUAGUUUUGGUGAACAAGCCAUUAUAAAAUUCGAUAAUUCAUAUCCAAUAUUAAAACAUUCUUAUAAAGCAUUUUUUUUGUGUCCUGGAAAAUUACCAUAUCCGUUUAUCCAAUAUGCAUCACGAAUAGUUUGGUUUGUUUUAUUUUCAAUCCUGAUAUUGUUAAUAUUACUAUGUUUAAUACUCUAUCUGUAUUUCAAAACAUCGAAACCAAAAGAACCGACAAUCAAAUCUUCGAAUCAUAGUAAAUCAAUACGCAGCACAGUAAUAUCGAAUGUUGAAAAAAAUCCGAAAAAAUUAAGUAAAAUAAGUACCAUAUCUAAUGUAAUUCCUGUUAUAAGUUCAGAUAGAGAUCAAGUUAAAAAUUUGGCACCAUCGACAUUGACUAAAGUUUCAAUGAGGCAGAAAUCAAAUUUUUUAACCGUUAUACGUGCAAUAGUUUGUAUACCAAACAGCCAAGAAUUGCAAAUGUUAAUCGAACUUGACACAAUCCAUUUCGUUUGGUGGAUUUAUUUAUGGUCAAUUCUAUCAAUUGAUUUCAUCAAUACAAUUAACGAAACUGAAUCAAAUCAGAUAUGUCAUUCACUUGCCAAUGAUGAAGUUGAAGCACAAGGUUCAAAUGAGCUGAACAUUUUGGCGGUGGGUUUAACUCGAAAACAUCUAUUGCUUAUAACAAAAGAUUUUCAUGUAUAUGAAUUGGCAAAAGGUUCCCUCGAUUCAAGCAUUAAUAGAUUAUAUUUAAAUGCUAAACCGACACCAAUGUCGGUCAAAUAUCCUACUCUUUUUGAAUCAUCUCGGUUCAACACAAUUAAGACACAAUUGUUCAACGGAUUUUUCAUAAUCGAUAAAACAACGGAUUGGCUUUGUAUAACCACUUGGGAUAAGAAAACAGACGAAGGAGGCAUCAAAUAUGAUCUAAUUAACGAUAAAGUUCAAUCAGGCUAUCGUUUCGUUGGUGAUCAAGAAGAAGUGCUUAUAUCAACAAAAGAAUCUUCAAUUUAUAAAUGUCAGGGCAAUAAAAUUAAGAUGACGCAUCCAUUUAGGUUGAUUUGUUAUGGCGAUAAACAAAAGAUGACAAUUAUUAUCAAAAAUUAUAAUGAAAUUUGUAAAAAUGAUGCAAUAGAAUGGCCUAUAUUGAAUGGUUUUGUGGCUGAUGAUCGUUUCUAUCUAUUAGAUAAAACUGAUGUGCAAAUUUUCAGUGAAGAUGCUUAUAAGAAGGCCAAUAAACCUGUAUCGAUUGAUAAACGUAAAUAUUCAUCAUUUUUCGUCUGUCCUGGAUCCAUAUCGGAAAGUUUUUUUGCAAAAAAUCGUUCUUUUCUUAUUAUCAUGAUGAUCAUUUUGUUUAUAUUGUCUUUUAUACUAUGUUGUAUUUUAAUGAUUCGUGUGGAAAAUCAUCCAAUUUUUCGUCGUCAUUUUGGAAAAACAAUGCGUUCUGUAUUUAGAUUUCGAAAACGAACAGCAGACCUUACUAUUGAUGAAGAUAUUAGUAAAACAGAAGCAACAUCUAAUACUCCUACAUCAUUAUUGUUAGAUCAUCGACCAAAACUAAUAUUCAAUCCUUUCAAUCGCAUAAAAUUCCUACCAACAACACGAUCAUUAAAAUUCGAUUGUCGGCCAAAAAUUUUGUCCAAGCAUCAUAUAAAUGUCGAAUGUGUAUUCUUGAUAUUUUUAAGAGAAUCGGUAAAUUCAGAUAAUUUGUACGUUUUUUUUUUUGUUGUUGUCGGUUCUAUAGCUGCACCAACAUCAAAAGAAUGA